CGCGUCCUGGAAUCUCCAGCAGUAGAAGCCCAUUAUCAAUGAGAAGAGGAUUGUUUUGAGGUCAGAUGUCAUCUACAAUGAGGCCGUAACAAAAGCUUUACCGGAGUUUGAUCCUGAUUGUUACCAGAAUGGCCACUGCUAAGAAAGCGUCGUCUAAGACGGGGGGUGUUCGCUUUGCUGAGGAACCCGCUGCAGCCGCCGCUCACUCUCAUGUGCAUUUUGACGAAAAACUGCACGACUCCGUUGUCAUGGUGAUCCCCGAGUCGAACAGGAACUUCCUGGUGAAGGUGGGCUUCCUGAUAACACAGCACCGAUAUGAGAUCGUGUUCACACUGCCUGAGAUGCCAGAGCUCGGGAAAGAUGUGUGUCCAGCCCCCAUCCCCAAUUCUCACCUCCAUAUCACUAACAUAACACCGUCCUCAGAUGGAGGUCUGAGGGUGACUUGUGAAUAUAUGGCCCAUCAGGAGGGAGUGAUGUGUGAGGAGGUGCAGAUUCUUAGCGAGAGCAAAGCGGACGCAAGUGUGAAAGUCAAAGUUCAUGCUCGUGUCAUGGACCGUCAUCACGGGACUCCGAUGCUGCUGGAAGGCGUGCGCUGCAUAGGAGCAGAACUCGAGUAUGACUCUGAGCAAAGCGACUAGCAAGGCUUCGACUGAGCGCCUGAACCUCACAGACUUCCCAAUCAGUGCCAUAUAUCUUGUGUCGGCGGCGACAGAAUAUUCCAGACUUCUGUGAUCAGUGUCACUGCUUUCUGCUCGCAGCGUUUGGAAACAAACUGUGGUUACUAGCUUGUUUGUAGUGUUACAAUGGAAUGCAGGAAUGAUCUAUCGUUUACUGUAGCUCUCUGUGAUUUGUCGUUUUUCAGGUUUGGAUUAAAAAAAAAAAAAAAAAACAGUGUGUGUUUGCUCUAACUGAAUUCCAGU